ACAAUUUAUAGAGAAAAUAAAAACCGUUCUUUUCGCUUUUUUCUUUUCUGGAUUUUUUUAUUUUGAAAACAUUUCUUCUUGUAUUGUUUUUGAACUAGGUCAAAAAAUGAUAGGGGAUCAUGAUAGGGGAUGACAAUCCUUUAAAAGUUUUUGUGAAUCAUUGAUUUAACUUUAUCUUAAAUAUAGAAUUUAUUUGAGAGACACAGUGAGUUUUUUUUUUAACAUUAACCAGAUGUCACAGGAUAAACUUCAUUACAAAAAAAUGUUUUGAAAAUGUUUUUCUUGUUUUUUUACAAGAAAAUUUUUUAAAAAUCAACAACCUGUUUAAAUCAAGUAUGAUAUAUAUACAAGUGUCAAUAGUUAUUUUAAUCAAUGUAAUAAUUUUGCGCUUUGCUGAUGGAUUUUGUCAGAUUCAUUGCAACUGUAUCGAAGGAAAUUUUUCUAUUUGUUACGCCUAUGGUGCUACGCAUGAAAAUAGUUCAUACGAAACCAAACCUAUCAACCUUUCAAACGAAACAAAACCUAUCAAUAUUUCGGUAAAUUUAGAACACCUUUCAAAUCCUUGUGAGUUCAAUCUGGAUACUAAUAUAUCGGCAUUGGUUCCAUUUGUGACCGAAUGUGGAAAUUCUAAAGCUGAUUUUUUACUAUUAAAAACAUGGUUUCCUCAUUUAACUUCAUUAAAAAAAAUCAACGACGCAGAAGAAUGUGUUUAUAAGGUAUUUAACAAAACAAAGGUCGACAACUGCAGUGCAGACUGCAUUGAAUCCGCUGACUUUUUGCACUUGUGUUUAUGCAAAAUUUGCAUACCUUCUUCAACUGCUAAAAUAGAAAACUUUUACAAAAAUAAAACAAAGAGUCCUGAUAAAUCCGUUAUGCAACUUAAAUGGGGUUUUCCAUUAGUUAUUACAACAGCUUCACUUAGUAUUUUAGCCAUAUUAAUUAAUUUGAUAUUUCUUUUACGAAUUUGUUUAUAUAAACCAGUAAACCUGAUAAAUACUCUUGGUUUUUUUCUGAUGAUGUUUAGCAUAUUAUUGGCAUGCUACGGGAUAAUAAUGUCCGUUUAUUUGUAUAAAGGAUGGAGUUCAGAAAUGCAUUUUUGUCAAGGUUUAACCUCAUUAAAACUUUUUUCACUUGGUGCAUGUAUAUGUUCACUUGUAAUGCUUUCUUUCCAUUUUUCGCUUCGGCAAUCCAGCACUGAAACAGGUGAAAGAGAUGCUGUAUUUAAAGGUGUCGUCUUCGUUUUAGAAGGAGUCAUGCUUUCAGGAGUUUUUUCUAUUAUGAGCUGGGUCAAAAUGGAUGAUUGGGAUUUUCUUUGUUGCAUAAUUACACCAACAUCGAAUAUGGAUAAAGUCUUAAUGCUUGUCGAAACCUCUUACUACGCUAUUUUGUUUUUGGUUGUUGCAAAAUAUCUUUUUCACUUAUUUCGUCGGAAAAAAAAUGACUGCCCGUUUUUCAUGGAACAUUAUUAUGAAGUAGAAAGUUCUUUGUUUGCAUUGAUAUUUUUUAGUUUCUUUAUUUGGGUGGCUGGAUACACUGUGACCUUACCAUUUUUUAACUUGUUCUCGUUUAAACUUACUGCAGUAAUACGGGUAUGCGUAUUGAUGAUACCUUUAAACUUGCACACGCUGAUUUUUAAUUUAACUACUUCUUGCAAAGACAAAAAUAUAAAAAUCACUAAAUCUGUUUACGGAGAAAACGAUGCUUUAACAGAAUGCGAUUGUUUUGGCACCGGAACCUGUCAAUCAUGUAAAUCAAACUAUUCAAUUGAUUUAAAACUUGAUGAUAAUAUUUCUAAUCAAGAAACAAUGCUACUAAGUACAGAAUGUUUAUCAAACAAUACCCCUUUGCAAGAGGAAUUACAAAGUAACCAAUUAAUUAAUAAAAAAAAUAAUUUUGUGUCACCAAAGUUAGUCUGUAGGUCACCAACUGCCCGCAGAUUUUUCAGCGAAUCAAAAAAUUGUACUAUCACAAAUGAUUUUAAAACCGAAACAAUUUUAUUGCAAGAGAAAGAUGAAAAUAAUUCAUGUGUAUCUGAUAACAUAAAACCCCAAAAACCAACCUUUUUAGAUCUCAACGAAGUAAAUACUACAGAUCUAGCUUUGAUACCUGUAGUAAAAUUAAAUAGUCCUAGAGGAAAACCUACUGAUUUUCCAUCAUUUAUUUCUAUUGACGAUACCACUCCCGAUCGUGCUAUGAAAAUGUGCUUUGAUGGUACAAAAUCUAAAUUUGAAAGGAAGUCUAUUGUAAAAGAUUCACCCACUUCUUAAACAGUUCUCCAACGACGUUUGAAUUAUACUAGAAAACAAUUGUUUAAACUAUAAACACGAAUUUGACGUUGCAAUAAGAAAAGUGCAAUUUUGUUAUACUAGACCAACUUUAAAAACCAUUGUAAUAACAAUUAUACAAUAACAAAAAUAACUAAUUGCUAGAAAAGAAAACAUGUUGAACGACGCUACGACCAUAAACUGAAAUAGAGACAAAACUAUUAUUUAGUUAAUUUAUAUAAAAAUUUUAGAUUUUUAUUA